UUCAUUCUCAGUAUUGCGCGCGUAACCCACCAUCGCGGAUCGUCAGAGUCGCGUAAUAAUUAUCAUCAUCAGACACGUGCUCUAUUUAAAUUUUAACUCAUAAAUUAUUUCUUAUCGCUAAUUUUAAGACAAAAAAUAAAUAAUUUAAAAUAAAAUAAAUAGCAACUUAAUUUAUUAUUUAUUUAGGCCAAAAAAUAUAUUUUUAUAACGCAGUGUUCUCGAUUUAAUAAUUAAUAGGGGGAAUCACCUCAACUCUUUUCGAUGGGGUCUGCGAAUUAAUUUCAUCAGUUCAGUGUCACUCGCUACACUUAUAUAUAUAUUUAAAUGUCUAUCAAAAUUUGCUAUACAGAAUUUAGUAUGUAUUUUUUUUUACAUAUAAAAUUUAAAUAAAUAAAUUACGAAAAGAAUCAACAAUCACAGUACAGUGCUGUCUAAAUAAAUAAAAUAAAUUUUUAUCUAUAGAAUAAUAAUCUAUUUUUACAACCGACAUUAAGUUUGACUUGAGAGAAUAUACAAUACAUAUAUUACGUACACAAUUAGAUUUAGAGUAGAAGAUUAUUACCAAGCAUGUUUACUGAUACCUUAGAAAAAUUUCUCAAUGUAAAAACUAAGACUUUUUUUUUUUUUUUAUCUUUAUAUCUUUGACAAAUAAUUAUUAUUUAUGAAAAUGAACGUUUGAUAUUUAAAUGUAAAAUUAAUAAAAUUAAAAGUUUUAAAAAGUGCGUGUGACAAUGGGGUUGUGUGAAAAGACAGCAUUUCUGCGGCUGCUGCCCACUUCCGGUUGGCACAUGCUCUGGACAUGGAAUGCAUCCAACGGUACGACAAUACGUUUGACAAGUAGUGCAUCAUCUAGAUACGAUUGUAUCGUUGAAUUAGUUAAUCUUGCAGUCAUUAUUAUAACAUUUUUGGCUGCAGUUUCAUUAAUCAUCAAGUACAAAUUAACCGAUCAACGAGUGUGCAGCGGCUUACUUCCUUGGCACAAUCUACGCAGUGUUCUGAGCACACUUUUGAUUCUUGUACUUGUUCUGGAGUUCUCAGAAGCCAUUAUCGAUCAAGCACCACUCAGUCAGGGUAUUUCACUGGUGACUCUUGUCUCUUGCUGGAUUUUACAUCGUCAAACAGAGAUAAGGGAUGGCCUUGGUCUUGCUGUUACUGGAGGAAUUUUUAUAACCAUCGCCGUUGCAAGACUUUGGAGGCUGCUCCAUUUAAUCAGCAACGGCUUGACUAUCAACCAUGUUCGUAUGAUCAGUACUAUUGGUACAAGUUCACUGUGUGGACUAUUAGCUUGCGUUGAUUCUUGGUCUCUUUAUCUCAUCGUUAAAAAAAGUAAACAUUAUGAUGUGCGAGGACCCAGAAGUACUCAUCGGGUGUCUUACAAACACUCUUACGCAGUUCUUCUGAGUAAAUUGACAUUUCACUGGAUCGUUGAUCUUCUCUCACGUGGCUACCGUGCGCCUCUUGAUCUCAACGAUCUUGGAGAUUUACCCGAACAAGAGACAACGGUAAUUCAGUUUGAUAAAUUUCGAGGAAUUUACGAAACCCAAAAGAACGAAAGAGCUAAAGCGUCACUAUGGAAAUGCUACUGGAGACGUGUGUGGGUUUCUUUUUGCAUUGGCGGACUUCUCAAGUUAUUUGGCGACGCGUCUACUUUGGUUGGUCCUGUGGCGAUCUCAAAAAUAAUUGACUACGUCGAGAUUAUUCAAAAUUCAACUAAAAAAAAUUCAUUGCCCACUUACACCUACACAGGGGGUAACUACAUUACAAUGGAACAGUUAAUGGGCAAUGGUUAUUUUUUGGGUCUUGUUAUAUUUAUAGCAGCUAUUUUACAAAGCACAUUGAGCCAAGCGUCGACGCAUUUCGUUAAUGUCGAAGGCAUUCGCUUGCGAACAGCUCUUCAGGCUUUAAUUUAUCAUAAAUCACUGCGAUUAUAUUCCUGGGGUUUUUUGGAAGAAGAAAUUGGAAAGACGAGUGAUAAUGAUAAAGAUAAUAAUCUGCGUAGCGGUGCAGACAUCGGAAAUCUGACGAAUUUAAUGGCCGAAGAUGCUUACAAUGUUAUGAGUUUUUUUUGGAUUGGCCAUUACAUCUGGGCGAUUCCGUUAAAAAUUGGGGUCAUUAUUUUUUUACUCUACGUAAAAUUAGGGAUUAGCGCUAUUAUUGGCGCUGUUUGUUGUAUAUUAAUUGUAACACCUAUGCAAUUAUUACUUGGAAAGAAAAUGUCGGAAAAUUUAAAAUCAAUUGCUGAAAAAAGUGACGCAAGAUUGAAACUGUUGAAUGAAGUACUUCAAGGUAUAAGACUGGUCAAACUGCGUGCGUGGGAAGUGGUUUUUGAGAAAAAAAUAUCAACAAGUCGUGAUGAAGAAUUGAGUCUACUUGACAAGGACUCGAUAUACUGGGGAUUUAUAACAUUUCUAACUCAUGCUUCGUCAGUGUUGAUGACUUUGUUUACAUUUGGUGUAUACUUUUGGCUCGAAGAGACUCAUUUGGAUGCUGGAAACGUAUUUGCAAGUUUAGCUCUCUUCUCACAACUCACCGUUCCACUAUUCAUCUUUCCCGUUAUCGUUCCGAUUAUUUUAAAUGCCAUAAUCUCGACAAAGCGGCUUGAGGACUUUUUGUCACUACCAGAAGUUACCGAUGUUGUACCAAACACUCGAGAAAAUUAUCAAAUGGAAAAUAAUGAUCAACGUACGUCUACAAUUACUGUCAGUAGUGAUGAAGAAAAAAAUUUACAGAGUAUUGCGACAUUUGGGACAUUAGGAAAUAUAACUGAAGAUGAUGAAGAUCGUCAAGGUUGUCAAGCUUUUCAAGUACUAGGUACAUACGAAGCCAGUUCAUCUGACACAGUAUUUGAAAAAGAUCCCGAGCCUUCAAUGAAACCGGCAGUACUUUAUAUCAAAGGAAUAUUUUCUUUAGGAACUGAAGACACUCAUCUUCAAGUUGACGAUUUAAUAAUUCCACGUGAAAAAUUAACUUUAAUUGUUGGUAAAACUGGUAGUGGAAAGACAUCAUUGAUUUCGGCAAUGUUGGGUGAAAUUCCUCAGCUACGUGGUCAAGUUUCCUGGUUUAGAGACACCAAUUUGGCUUAUGUACCUCAACGUCCGUGGCUUUUAAAUACCAGUUUACGUGAAAAUAUAGUUUUUGGAUCUAUGUACAGUCGCACACGUUACCGAAAUGUUUUAAAAGCAUGUGCACUCCAGCCAGAUGUUGAGAUUCUUCCGGGAAAAGAUAUGACACGAAUCGGCGAGAAGGGAAUUAAUUUAAGUGGUGGACAAAAACAGAGAAUCGCAAUUGCUCGGGCAAUUUAUAGUGAUGCAGAUACGGUAAUUCUAGAUGAUCCACUGUCGGCGUUGGAUCAACAAGUAGGUCAGCAUAUUUUUGAUCAAGCCAUUCAAAAACUUCUUUUACGAAAAGGCCGAACAGUUAUUAUGGUGACACAUCGAUUAGAAUUAUUACGCGCUGCUCAUCAUAUUAUUUCAAUGGAAAAUUGUCAAGUUCGUUCAAUGGGUACAAUGUCUAGUAUCGAAUUGACUGAUCCUUUAUUGGUUCAAGAGUGGCGUGAAGCUGCACGUAGACGUCUGGAUAUUGUCACAGUACCCAAGACUGCUAAAGAUAGAUGGUCACUUGUCAGACUAGUUUCUCGAAUUGCUGGGAUUUCAGUAAAACACCGACACGCAAGCGAUGGCUCAUGGAUCACCGACCAAGACGCCCACGUGUCUCCGCCUGCUUUUGUACCUCUCAGACUGCGUAAAUCAAUGAUGUUGGGGUCCAGAUAUCUUGCUCAUGACCUGACAGAUUUACCGGUUGCUGACGAGUGGGGAGUUGUGCGUAAACGCACCAGAAAACAUAGAAUGGCAAGUCGUGCAACCAGUCUUCAGCCUACCAAACAUCCUCCUCCUGUUUUAAGACAAAGUUCUACUCCUACUAUGCUCGAAACUCAUCAUAUUAUUCCACGGAAACGUCAUUAUACAGUCGACAGUGGGCAGAAUAGCGUUUUAAGAAAUUUUUUUUCUGGAAGAAUUUUAAGCGUUGAUGAAACCAAUAAAGAACGUAAAUGUCUGAGACGAUUAAUGUCAACAUCUUCCAGUAAAACUAAUCCUGAAUGGGAAAAUCAAACUGUCAAACGAUUACUGUCUACUGAGUCAGGAAUCAGCGAGAAUUUUGAAGAAGAUCAAAAAUGCACAAGUUGUCAAGAAUUACAGACUGCAGAAAUUCAAGAAGAUGGAGGAUUAGUGACUAGAAAAGUUUGGAUGGAUUAUUUAAAAGCUGGAGGUAUCACUCCAGGUCUAACUUAUUUAGCAGCAGCACUGGGUUGUCAAGCUAUUCGAGUUUACACUGAUCUCUGGUUAAGCGAGUGGACAACUCUCGGAAAAAAUGCAAUAAAUAACCAGACACUGAUGACGACUCAUCAGCAAACUGUUUUUUAUUUUCGCAUGUACAUAAUUUUAUCAGUAAGUUCAAUUAUUUUAGCGGGAUUAAAUAGCGCAGCUGGACAAUGGGCAGGGACACGUGCUCGGGAAAAAUUACACCGGAAAGCUAUUGCGAGUAUUCUUCGUGCUCCGAUGAUUUUUUUUGAACAAACACCAAUCGGGAGAAUUCUUAAUCGUUUUAGCGCAGAUGUUGGUGUUAUUGAUAAGAAAUUAUCAACAUCAUUCCAACGGCUAACGUCGUUUGCGUUGCUGUGUGGAUCUGCAAUAAUUGUAAACAUUGCAAUAUCGCCGUGGUUUUUAUUGGCCGCAGUACCAACCUGUCUAGCUUAUUUUUUUUUACAAAGAUUUUAUCGCAUCAGUGCUCGUGAACUCCAACGACUUGAGGGCAGUACUCGCGGACCAGUCGCUGCACAUUUUUCAGAAACAUUAAAUGGUUUACCGGUUUUAAGAGCUUCUAAGCAGCAAGAUCGGUUUAUGGAUGAUAUGAUUGAGUACUUGGACGCAAAUACAAAUGCUUUUUUAAUUUUAAACACCAGCAGUCGAUGGCUGGGUAUUGCUUUGGAUUAUUUAGGCGCCGUCGUAGUUAUUGCGUCAAUAUUUGCAGCUUUACUGUCAGCAGAAUUGUAUCCUGAACGCGUAACACCGGCAUUAGUUGGCCUAGCAAUAAAUUACACGUUUUUGGUACCUAUAUAUCUAAAUUGGGUUGUUAAAUUUAUUUCUGAAAUUGAAAUGUACAUGGGUAGUGUAUCAAGAAUAAGUACAUAUAUUAAAACAAAUCGUGAAAAUUAUCGUGAGAAUGGAUAUGAAGCAGAAGAAAGUUGGCCAGAAAAAGGUGAAAUAAUAUUUGAAAAUGUAUCGCUACGUUAUCAUCCAGACUGUGAGGCGGUAGUAAAAAAUUUAAAUUUACGUAUUCCCGCGGGACAAAAAUUGGGAAUUUGCGGUAGAACUGCAAGUGGAAAAUCUUCAACGGUAAUGGCACUUUUUCAAUUAUUACAAGUAUCGCAAGGACGAAUUAUUAUUGAUGGAAUAGAUAUAAAGAGAGUGUCAUUAGCAAGUCUGAGAUCAAGGUUAUCAGCUAUUCCGCAAGAUGUUAUUAUGUUCAGUGGAACAGUUAGAGAAAAUUUAGAUCCUCUUUCUGAGCACGAUGACGAGCAAUUGUGGAUUGCAUUGGAACUCGCACAAAUGAAAGAUGUUAUUGCUUCUCAUCCUGAAGGUCUCGAUCUCGAAGUACGCGAAGGAGGUGAAAAUUUUUCAUCAGGACAAUUACAAUUAUUGAGUAUGGCACGAGCAACUUUACGUGAUUCAGCGAUAGUGGUACUUGAUGAAGCGACAAGUGCUCUCGACUCGUCAACAGAAAAAAAUUUAUUACAAGCUGUCUCUAAAACGUUUAAGGACAAGACUGUCAUCACGAUUGCGCACAGAGUAACUUCUUUACUGUAUUGUGAUAGAGUUGUCGUAUUUAAUGAAGGAAAAAUAGUCGAAGAAGGAACACCCAAAGAAUUAUUCAAUCGGUCUACGGGAUUUUUUGCAGAAAUGUUAAAGGCUUCGGAAUUGACGGAGCCAAAUGACUGAAUAUAUUUAUAAUGUUUUUUUUUCUUCAUAAAUGUUGUAGAUUAGAAUUUUUUUAAAAAAUAAAUUGUAAAUAUAUUUAUAGCAACUUAAUUGAUUUAUAUUUUUUUAGUAAUAAUUUUAAGAUAAUUUACGUAUUUUAUUUUUUAUUUAAGUAUCGUAAAUAUUAUCGGUGGUUACUGUCUCACCGCCAGAGUUAUUGCGAAAAAUAACAACAACAAUAACGAUGCGUAAUAUAUUAAUGUCAGUUAUGUGUAUGGAUUAUAUUUAUAACAUGAAUAGGUAAAUGAGUAUAAUAAGUGUCUUUGUAAUGUUUGAAGACAAACAUAUAAAUACAAAUACAAAUAACAAAAAAAAAAGGUGAGAAACGAUAAUAAUUGACAAAAGCAAGUGUGGAAACGCUAUCGCGAACUCGUGCACUCGCGAUGUGUGACCACGCGAUGAUCGUAAUUUUUACGUUAGUACAUCGCGAACCGGUGAACCGAUAACACCUUUCUAUGAGUGUACUCACUCACUUACUCCUCCACUCUGCAUACAUGUCAUCAGUUUGACGUUUAAUAUCUUUAUCAACUAAAAUGACAAUAAUUUAAACCGAGUGACUUAAUAAAUAUCUGAAUUUACUUUAUUAACUUUCUAAACGUCUAAAUAAAUUUAUCAAUGAUAAAAUAAUAAUUUGAGUUAUAUAAGACAAAUGUAUUAUUCAAAAAUCAAAUGAGAAGGAAAAUAAAAUUUUAAAUUAAUUUAAACAGGUGUUUUUAGUAUACACAAUACACAAGUACGGAGUCAAAAAUUUACUAUGAGUAAAAAAAAUAGACUCAGGU